AUGGACUCAUCUUUCGCUUUGGGAAGACUGGAAAUCAAUAGUCCCAUGGUGAACAUGGGGACUCGCCUCUCCGGCUCAGUGAAGGAGAAGAACGCUCAGGGAGGAUCGCAGGCGGCGCACCUGAACGGAUGUGUGCCGCUCUCCCAUCAGGUGGCCGGUCAUAAGUAUGGCGUUGAUAAAGUAGGUCAGUGACUGAACUUAUCAAAUAUGUUCUCCUUUCGCCACGGUGCAUGUUGUUUAUCCACUACUGAGUGACUUUUAAUUGUGUAAUCUUGGUCUGCAUGGUAGAAUAGCUCUCUUUUUGUUCAAUGACAAUACCUCAAAAGCUGACAGAAGUAGGCUAAACUGUUUUCCCAGGAUUCUUUAUCACCAGGACAACACUAUGGAGCAAGCAAGCAAGCCACUGUGAUAGGUUUCAUAAUGUCAGUCAAUAACAGAAUAGAGCACCUGCUUGUAACCUUUUGUGUACUUUAGUUGAAUCCUGUAUUAUCGGCUCUCCUAUUGUAAUCAAGCAACUGAAAUCCCGUUUGGCUUCUAUCACCACUAUCACUCUUGAUCAUCCACAUAGUUGUAGCCUACAAACUCACCAAGCAACUUGCCAGUGGCUAUAGCCUAAAUCAUGAAAUAGGCUUACAAAUACAAUGUCUGAAGUAAGACUCUCUUAGCUGAAACUGAACUGUCAAGAGUAAGAAGAACCAAUGUAUUAUUUCUGUCCUUGGAGACAGUGACAGAGCGCCAGUGUCAGUAAGAUGUAAUCCUUGUUGUCUCUCUGCUAAGAGCCUUUCAGUUGAAUCCUACCCUCAGCCAGGGCAUGGGUGUCAGACUCGUAUUUAGGUCAAGACUCUUGACACACGCUUAACCUCAGAGUUGAUUAAACGCUGACGCUUGGAGUGUUCAUUUCCUACCGGUGGGAAGGUCAGGCCAGGGUAAAUUCUUUGUCAUAGACAGUUAUAUCUAGCUGUAAUGCCCAAUCCCACAACCAGCCAGUCCAUAUUCUAAUCAGGGUGCUUUCUUCUCAGUUUUCACUUUCACCAUUUCAGCUGAUUUCAGUUGUAAGAUUCAAGCUGUGCCUGAGGUAGUAACAUUUAGUUGAGUGACGUGCGGUCCAUUCUUUUUCACUCCUCUCGAUCUAAUAUUGGAGCAAAGUCUCACACAGUGAGUGUAAAGUGUCAUACUUUAUAUGUUACUGGUGCCCCGGUGUCUUUGAUAAGGUACAUCGUUUUAUGACUUGACGUUAAACACAAGUUAACCUUUGCACUUCUCAGUUGGGUAUUACUGGCAAACUGUUUGGCCCAUUCUGAAUACUUUAGAAAUGCAUCCUUCCUUUCUCUCUUGAAGUAACUACAAUUCUAAAAUGGUUGCACAAUUGUGAAAGCUAGGGCCCUCUCGGUCACAUUCUCCAAUCCAGUCAUGAUUAUUUAGCUGGAAGGAUGUAUUUUUGAAAUAUUCUGACUUUACCUUUAUGCUGCAACCAGUACUAGAUCUUUGCUAAGUGUCAGAAUGGCCCACACCUUUUGUUUCAACAGGCAUAUUGCAACAUCCUGAUGGCACAGUACUCAAACAGCUACAGCCCCCUCCACGAGGUCCUAGAGAGAUGCAGUUCUACAGCAUGGUAACCAUCCACCUUUGAUGCUAAUAUAUAUAUAUAUAUAUAUAUAUAUAUAUAUUAUUAUCUGAAAGUACAUUAAUUUUCACUUUACAGUGUGUGCUCUAUGAAAUUGCUUUUAGUUCUGCAUGAAGUCACCAAAAAGUCAUCCCUUUCAAUUCUACAAAAUGUUACUUGGGAACAAUUUCCCCAUGUCAGUUUGAACAAAGUUUAUGUUCAAGUUGACGUGUAGAUUAAAUGAGUUAACAAAAAGUGAGUGAUUAGUCCUAAACCAUUCUAUCGUUCAAUCAUCCAGAGUAGCUCUUGAGGAAGCUUAGCAGUCUACCCCCUUACAGGGGCUCUGGGGGCCUUUGUUAUGGCAAUACUGGGCACAGUAAUGUAGUCCAUAUCUCUACUAGCUCAAUGGGCAAGGUCAGCACACUCCCCACAUAUAAACCAGAGGGCUAUCUGUUUAUUUAAGGGCUUAAGAAAGGUGUUUGCCUCAGCAAUGUCCACUGCAACAACAUUUAGCCAAAGCAUUAUCAGAGAUUUCCACUGGCACCGCUUACUCUCCUAUUGUUAAAGUGGACUAAAUGUACACAAGAUGAAAUGGUUGCUUUGGAAAUACUCUCUUACAGAGGAAUCAUGUAUUACAAACCUGGCUACUUUCACCACCAUCAUUUCACUGUAGUGAAUGAUAAAAGGGAAGGAAAAUAAUGUUUGUAUUGUACUAUCGCAUUACUCCUAAUAUUUGUUCUACAUGCGACAUGUUGGUAAAACAACAUCCCAAUCAAUAAAGACACUGACAUUCCCACAUAGAGAUGGUGAGUAGUUCCCUCAAAGGAGCUGAUAUGAUUAAUCAACAAGUAUAUGUCCUAACUGUCCUUUGCUUCUGACAGGUCUACGCUGAGGACUGCUGUGACCCGUGUCUGUUGGACCUUCAGCAUCACCUCCCCAAAUACUUUGGCACCUGGUCCUCGCCUGAAUCUCCUAAUGGUAAACACCGGCCCAAAAAUAAUCCUUAAACCUACCUGGGAUAUUAUUUCAACAUGUACCAGGGCCUGUAUUCAUAAAGGAACUCAGAGGAGGAGUGCUAAUCUAGGAUCAGGUCCUCCCUGCCCAUAAAAUGUUAGUCAUUAUGAUCUAAAAGACUAAACUGAUCCUAGGCCAGCACUUCAUUCAAAAAGACUUUUGUCAUUCUGAUGGUUUCACAGCAGAGCUCUCUAGCUGUUAAAUGUAAACAAUCAAGGCAGUGUUCUAAUUUGCUACUAGAAAGAUGACACUGUAGUGGUGAAACAAAGCCUCCUCUAUCAUUUUAGUGGCCAAAUGUGUUGAUUUAUAAAAAAAUGUCUGUCUCCCACGCCAUAUUUCCACGCCCUCUGAUGACAUCACAGAGCUGUACCUGAAACUUGAGGACGUCACUCGGCGUUUCCAGAAGCCCUGUAUUAUGGACGUGAAGAUAGGCCAGAAGAGCUACGACCCCUUUGCCUCCUACGAGAAGCGGGACCAGCAGAUCAAGAAGUACCCGCUAAUGGAGGAGAUUGGCUUCCUGGUUCUCGGAAUGAGG